AUGAUUCGUGGCCCUCGAUGGAAGAAACCUGAUCCCGUCCCUCCACCACCUCCGGUCGUUGACACAGCCGACGCCGAGCUUCAAGCUGAGGAGCCCGGCCGGGAGCACGACUAUGGCGAUGACGAUGAAGGCUUAAAAGCUGCGAUCGAGGCAUCUCUGCAGUCAUUUGAAGAGGAAAAUACAAGGGAUACUAGCUCGGCCGCUUCAAAAGACCUUGAGUCUGCCACAGCGCCCAACACAGCCGAGUCGGCAGAUCUCUUUGAUGACAUCCCGGACGAUGCUUUCGAUUCGGAUCUAUCUUUAUCACCGCCGACAAGGCAAACGCCACAAGUACCUUGGGCCACAUCCGAGGCUCGGAUGCGUCCAUUAGGCGUGCGUCAAACGACCUUAUUUGAUAUAGCUGCUCGAAGUCCGGCAAGCCAGCCCCCACGUGGUGAACAGAUGAUAUCCCCGCCAGAUAAGGUUGAGCCUCCAACUCAACACAAACUCAAUCAAGACUCCUUGGAGACAUGGAUAUAUCCCACAAACCUGGGCAAGACUCGCGACUACCAGUUCAAUAUCACUCAAAAAGGCCUGUUUCAUAACUUGCUCGUAGCUCUGCCUACUGGCCUGGGGAAGACCUUUAUCGCUGCCACUGUUAUGCUCAAUUGGCUACGUUGGACUCGAGAUGCUCAAAUUAUAUUCGUUGCUCCUACGAAACCGCUGGUAGCUCAACAGAUAUCUGCAUGUCUACAAAUUGCGGGUAUUCCGCGCUCACAGACAACCAUGCUCACAGGCGAAGCUCCGCCUGGGGUUCGUGCAGAGGAAUGGAAGGCGAAGCGGGUCUUUUUUAUGACUCCCCAGACUUUAACCAACGACCUCAAAUCAGGGAUCGCCGACCCAAAACGGAUUGUGUUACUUGUUGUUGACGAGGCCCAUCGCGCUACUGGUGGCUAUGCCUAUGUGGAAGUGGUCAAGUUUCUCCGGCGGUUCAACCAGAGCUUUCGCGUCUUAGCUUUAACCGCAACACCCGGUUCCACAGUCGAAUCGGUGCAAGCUGUUGUUGAUGGACUUGAUAUUUCGAGGGUAGAAAUCCGUACGGAGCAGUCACUCGAUAUCCGAGAGUAUGUGCACGCCAGGAACACCGAUAUCCAAACAUUCCAGAACUCGGAUGAAAUGAUUCUAUGCAUGGACCUUUUGAGUAGCACAUUACAACCACUUGUCGAUCAGCUCCGUACCCUGAAUGCUUUUUGGGGGCGGGAUCCGAUGGCAUUAACACCAUACGGACUUACCAAGGCGAGACAGCAGUGGAUGAUGUCUGAUGCUGGAAGGAAUGCAAACUUUGGUCUGAAGGGAAAGGUCAAUGCGAUCUUCACUGUUCUCGCGAGUAUGGCGCACGGUAUCGAUCUGCUCAAAUAUCAUGGAAUCACUCCGUUAUAUCGCCAUCUACUACACUUCCAAUCUAAUACUGAUGGACAGAAAGGUGGAAAGUACCAGCGUCAGAUCGUACAAGACGAGCAUUUCAAGAAGCUCAUGAACUACCUCAGCCCAUGGACCAAGAACCCUGAGUUUAUUGGCCAUCCAAAGUUAGAAUACCUAAAGCAGGUUGUCUUGAACCACUUUAUGGAUUCUGGUGAAGGUUCCCAUACGGCUACCGGCGAUAACCAGACAGCUACCAGAGUCAUGAUUUUCGUGCAUUUUCGAGACAGCGCUGAAGAAGUGACAAGGGUGUUAAAGAGAUAUGAACCCAUGAUUCGACCUCACGUUUUUGUUGGGCAGAGCAGCGCCAAGGGAUCAGAGGGAAUGGGUCAGAAGACCCAACUUGAUAUUGUCCAAAAAUUCAAGAAAGGAACUUACAAUACCAUCGUGGCGACUUCAAUUGGUGAAGAAGGGUUGGAUAUUGGGGAAGUCGACCUCAUUGUUUGCUACGAUUCUUCCGCCUCUCCCAUCCGCAUGCUGCAACGCAUGGGACGGACAGGUCGAAAAAGAGCCGGUAACAUUACCCUUCUCCUGAUGCAAGGAAAGGAAGAGGAGAAUUAUCUCAAAGCGAAAGACAACUACGAAAAGAUGCAGCAAUUGAUAGCAAGCGGCACACAGUUCACUUUCCACGAUGAUAGAUCUCCGCGCAUCCUACCGAGUGGCAUGAAACCUACCCCGGAUAAACGACAUAUCGAUAUACCGGAUGAGAAUGAAGCCGGAGAUCUACCAGAGCCUAAGAAACGCAAAGGACGACUCCCGAAGAAGCCUCCGAAGCAAUUCCACAUGCCCGAUAACGUCCAAACAGGGUUCACGACGGCAGCGACCCUGACAGGGACAUCGAAGCCGAAAUCAAAACCCAAGGAGAAACCGAAGGAGAAACCUAAACCCCGGAUACCGACACCAGAGCCUGUUCUAGUUCCAGACGUCGACGAUGUCCUGCUCACUCCAACUCAGCAAAAGGAACUCAAGCAGAACUACCAGGAUGUAGGAGGAACAAGUCCACAGUUCAUCCGCUAUCCUCGGAGUGAUGCUUUCCCGCAACUUCAGUCAGUCCAGCGACCAACUAAGAUGGUGAGACACAGCUCCCUCACCCGGCGUGUCAUCGGCGCACUGCAGCGAAUGAACCAAGUCGGGGCAGACUGUGAGGAUCGUUUCAAAGAAGUAAUAGCUCGCGAGUCGAAACUAUCCUCCGAAGACUCUCUUCUCCCUGGCAAGUCUUCAACGGGUGGACCACGUCGGCACUCAACCAAAAUUAACUCGAAGCCUACUAGACCCCACCCUUUGCCGGGGGUCUCUGAAGAUGAGGAUACCGAUUUAGAUCUCCCAUCCCCGAGCAAGCUGUUCUCAGCACCUGAGGGCCGUCAGCGCCCGAAGCCGUUUCAGCCUCCACGUAGGGUCAGUGAGCUUGUCACUCUUGAAGACGAGUUUGACUUGCCUGAUCCCAAUUCUUUGCUUACGCCGGACGCCGGACGCGGAUCUAUUCAGAAACGGAGGGCUAUUUUUGAUUAUGACAGUGAUGAGUAA